GGCUGCCGUGAAGGGAAGAGUUAAAAUUUUGUUUGCUGCCGCACGGCGUCGGCGCGAACGGUUGGUUGGUUGGUUGGUUGGUUGGUGUUUGAGGAGGAGGAGGCGGCGACGGCGGGCAACAUGGUGAAGAUCUUCGUGGGCAACCUGUCGCGCUACUGCAGCCCCAGCGAGCUGCGCAGCAUGUUCGAGAAGUACGGCGAGGUGAGCGAGUGCGAGGUGGUGCGCAACUACGCCUUCGUGCACAUGGAGAAGCUGAGCCAGGCCACGCGCGCCAUCAAGGCGCUGCACCGCAGCAACGUGCACGGCGCGCACAUCACGGUGGGCGUGGCCAACGCGCGCACCCGCAACACCACCAAGGUCUUCGUGGGCAACCUGGCCGAGCCGGUGUCGGGCGCCGCCGUCAAGGAGCUCUUCCAGAGGUUCGGCCGGGUGGUGGACCUGGACGUGGCCCGCACCUUCGCCUUCGUCUACAUGGAGCAGGAGCGCCAGGCGCUGGCCGCCAUCCAGGCCCUGGACGGCACCCCGCUGCAGGGCCAGAACAUGUUCGUCCAGCUGUCGCGCUCCAACCCCAGCCGCGAGACGUGGGCCCUGGGCGGCCAGGAGGCCCCCCCUCCCCCCCCGCCGCCGGCAACGCCGCCGUACCACCAGCAUCACCACCACCACCAACAGCAACAACCCCUCUCGCGGGGGCCCUUGGGGCCGCCCCACUUCGCCGCCCUAGGCGCCUACUACGACCAGCCGGCCGGCUGCGAGCCCUACCGCCAGCCGGCCCGGGGCCGCCCGUUCGGGGCGGGGGUGGGGGGGGCGCCGCCGCCGUCCGCCUACCAGGACCACCGCCGCCCGCCGCCGGGCAUGAUGAGGCCCAUGCCCCCGCCGCCGCCGCAGUACUUCCGGGCGCCUUACGUGAACGGCUACGGCUCCAGAGUCCGUGGCUACUGACGACCCUCCUCCCCCGCCACCCACCCACCCUCCCUCUGGGGGUGGGUGAAGGGAUGGCCAGCUCGAUCUUCCUUUCUACAUAUAUAUGUUAUAUAUAUUUUUUUGUGUGUGUCCAUCGCCAGGACUGCAGCCGACUUCGACCAACCCCACCCCCCCCUCCCUCCCGCUCCUCGGGUGUGGUGGGGGGUGGGGGUAGAAGAACCCAUUUAUCUUGGGGAGCUCCUUGUGCCAUCCAUCGGUUGGGGGAAAACUCCAGGACAAGAGACGCACACACACACACACACACCGGUUUUUUUGGAUGGAUGAUUCUGGGGUGAUGGAUGAGCCUCAUGCAAGAGCCCACUCGCCGACAGCUCCAACCAGGGAGAGAUCCACCGACAGAAGUCUUGGGGAGGGCAUUUUCAUUGUAGCCAGUGUUCCCCAGGGCCACGGAGUACCCCAGGCGCCAUCAGUCUCUUUCCCUUCUCCCCUCUCCCUCUUUUCCCUGCCCCCCCUCCCCACCUCCUUCUAUUCCCUUCCCUGAAACCAUCACCUGCUAAAUACAGGUCCCCUGUUUCUUGACUGCAGAAAGCAGAUCAGUUUAAUUUAACAGGUGGAAGAUAGUUGGGAGUUAGCAGUAAGAAGUAGCUCAUUGGUUGGUGGGUGGGGAAGAAGUAUUUAAAACGUCGAGUUGAGAACAGCUGCUGGAUUCGCUUUUAACAUUUCGAGGACCGUCAGUCUGAUCCUUUAGCUUUGGAACCACUGCUCGCUCUUUCUGUGGGGGAAAGCCGCUAUCUGAUUCCGUUGACUUUGCAUUCUUUGGAGAGGGCUGAAACUGGGACUCGUUCACGUUUCUGCUAUAGUGGGGGAACCUUUAACUACAGUUUGACUCUCUAGCUGACUUCUGGGGUGGGUGGGGGGAGCUGGAAAUGGGACUUGAGCUCUUGUAAUAAGGAAGUCUUUAAACUCAGUUUGUCUGUAUAACUUUGUUUUGAACUGGGGGGUGGGGGGUAGUCUGGAAAUGGGAAUCAAUCAAGCACUUGUAAUGGGCAUGUUCACAGUUCAUUAUUUACUUUGUUCACUGUUGGGGGGUGGGGGGGGUUGUGUUCUGGAAAUGGGAAUCAUUCAAGAUCCUGUGAUGGGGUGCUUUUCUCUGCAAUUUGUGUGUAACUUGCAUGUUUUCUGGGGGGUCUGAAAUGGGGCUUGUUUGAACUCAUGUAAUGGGGGAACCUUUACAGUUUGAUUAUUUACUGGGUUUUUUCCCCCUGGAAUGGGGUGUAUCGAAACUUAUAACAGGGAGUUACAAAUUGAAUGUAUAAUUCCUGGCUAUUUGCUUUCCUGCGGAGAGGGUGGAUGGGACUUCAUUGUCUUGAUGUUUUGUGUAGUUUGGGGAUAGGGAAGAGUAUCUCUGUAAAAUGUUUCUCGGGGCCAGUUGUAAUGAAGCAGUUAACCUGCUUUGGGGUUUUUCUUGAUCUUUAAACAUCGCUGUCUUUAAAAAAAAAAACUUGGCUGCAGCGUGCCGUUUUGUCAAAAGUAUAAAACGAGUGUAAAGGUU